GUUCUAGUGAUGUCUCCUCCACUUCCUUCUUGUGAUAGAGCAGCACAGGAGCACAGCUGAAGGAAGCUGAUAGCCCUCAGUUUGAAAUUCACAGGAACAGGCAGCCACACACUGGAUCCUCAGUGUCCUGGAAGGGGGGCAACAUGAGUGCAGCAGGGGAUGUGGUGUGCACUGGCUGGCUCAUCAAGUCACCCCCCGAGAAGAAGCUCAAGAGAUAUGUGUGGCGAAAACGGUGGUUUGUACUACGACGAGGGAGAAUGAGUGGAAACCCCGAUGUGUUAGAAUAUUACAAGAACAACCACUCCAAAAAGCCCAUCAGGAUAAUAGACCUGAAUGAAUGUGAGGUGCAGAAAUACAUUGGAGUUAACCUCAUAAAGAAGGAGUUCCAGAACAGCUUUGUGUUCAUCGUGAAAACUGCUUUCCGUACAUUCUACCUUGUGGCUAGGACAGAGGAGGAAAUGCAGAGCUGGAUGCAUAAUAUCAGCAAGAUUUGUAACUUCGAACAGCUGGAAGAUGGCACAGAUUCUGUGGAAAGCCUUCCUCAUACCAACUCCUCCGUCCAAGCUUCCCCAGCAGUCUCCACUCACACGUCAAGAAUCACAGACCCGUCCUUCUCUGUGGACAGCUCUGCGGCUGAUACCUCUACAGAAGAGAACAGAAGUGAAUCCGAGUCCAUAUUCAUCCCAGACUAUCUCUUUUUAUCCAACUGUGAGAGUGGGAAAUUGAAUACCGCCAGAUGUGACGCCUCAUCCAACUCUGAUAAGUCCCUGGAGCAGACGUCUUUUGAUGAUGUGUUUCUUGACUGUCUACCCUCCCAGCACUCUGUUAGCCAGACUCUCUACAAUGUUAAUUUCCACCACAAUCACAUGCCGCCCGCCAACUUUGUUGUUGUCAAAGAUCUAGAAUCCAAUAGUUCAUCCAGUGACUUUUCCUCCUCCUCCCCACUGUUGGGACCCUCUUCAGCCCAGACAUUUCCAGUUGAGAAAAACCACAGUGGAGUCAGUGACAAUGAAAUAUUACCCAUCACCCCACCACCAAGACCGCCUAAACCAAAUCAUUUUCCUGAAGCGAGGCCUGAGGUGAUUUCCAGUGGAAUUAUCCAGAAUGGACAUUGUUUAUCUGGAAUGGUGCCCAGAAGAAUUUCACUAUCCAGUCUGGACAAUGUUAGGAACUGGAAAGGUGACUUGGAAGACAUCUCAUUAAGAAGUAGAGAUAAGAGACUCAGUCUAAAUCUGCCUAGGUUCACACAACUUUACUCCUUGACAUCAGACUGUUCAGAAGAUAGCUAUGUCCCCAUGAACCCAAAUGCCUCCCCACCAGUUUCUGAGUCAGGUAGUAGCACAGAUGGCUAUAUACCAAUGAGUCCAGUAACUGCAGCUUUCACCUUCCCAACAUCAGUCAACUCAAAGGUUACCAGUCCUUUGCCAGAACUCCCAGCAGAUCUGGAACCUCCUCCUGUAAAUCGAGAACUCAAACCUCGUCGAAAGAUGCGUCCACCACCCCUGGACCUGCGUAAUCUUUCUACAAUUCGAGAACAUACUACAGUGACCAGAACGUGGACAGUGCCUUACAAUCGGACCAGCUUUAUCUCCCCAGAAAGUGACUGUAUUAGCUCAGCAAAUAUCUUUGCCAAUUCUGUCUCAGGAGAAGAGGAGGAGAGCUAUAUUCCAAUGGAGCAGAGACAAGGGGUAUCCCCCAGCAGUGGCAGUUUCCCAUGGCCUAGGAAGUUCAGCCUUGAUUAUCUGGCAUUAGACUUUAAUUCUGCAUCACCGUCUCCUGUACAAAAGAAACCUUUCCUGUCGGAAGAGCAGAGAGUGGACUACGUACAAGUGGACGAGAAGAAGACUCAAGCUCUGCAGAACACUAAGCAGGAGUGGUCUGAUGAGAGACAGUCUAAAGUGUAAAGCCACGUUCAUGGUCGUUUUUUAUUUUUUGCACUAAAUUAAUCAAUUUUAUAUAGCAGCUAAAUGGACUUUUUUUUUUUAUCACUUGUGCUUCAAGCUGCAAGGGAAAACAGGAAAGUCAAGGGACAAACUAUAUUUAUUUCCCUGAAGAACCAAUGUGGAGAGAGGUUCCCACUCACAUCCAGGGAUUGAUCGUAUACAUGAUGGUGUACUACAGGUAGCAGCAUUUAUACUGAGCACCUCACAGUAUGAAGGAUGAAAUGUAUCAGAAGUAUACGCGUCACCACUCCAUUUUGCAAAGCCAUAUGAAAUCCACCAUAUCGUGAAAUGAUGCUCUUCCUCCCUAGUGAAAGGAUGAAGCUCCCAUCACAGGGAGUUGUCUCCUUCUCUCGGUUUUUAUAGUGCACAUGAGACCUCUUGGUUUUAGAAUAGGUGCAAUGGAUUCCGACAUUUUUCUAUGUUUCUAUUAGCGGCACUGUAGUUUAUGCACUGCACUCGAUUUUUUAUUAUUGUAAUCUAUUUUUAUGUUCUUGUGUCUAAUUUAGGGGCUGAAAAUGGCACCACUGUCUUUAGCCAUAGCACUGAAACCCACCCUGUGCGGGUUGUAUUUCUGAAGGUGACAACUGUGAUAAGCCUUAGCAGUGUCUGGUAAAGUGAAGAACGCUGGUCAUGAGUAUACAUAUGCAUGUAUAGGCGAGGCCUUGGCACCUUGUAUAAAUUAUUACUAUUAUUAACAUUAUUAAUAAUAAUGUAUUCAUUCCAGUGGACUUCUCCAAUGUGUUAAGACAGAAGUUGCCUUCUUUCUAAGCGUACAAAAAAAGGGCUAUUGACCUUAAACUUCUUUGAAAACCCAGAGUUUCCACUAUAUGUAUCUGUAGCUUCUUCAUCAGGAGAAACAAUGCAGGAGGGACAAUGAGGCAGAUUUAUAGAUAGAUUUAGGUCAGUUUUGGUGUAAGCACAUAGAAAUAUAUAGGUGAUUUAUCAAAACUGGUGUAAAGGAAAAUAGACUUAGUUGCCUAGAACAACCAGAUUCCACUUUUCAUUUUUCAGAGCUUCGUUGGAAUCGGGAUGGUUGCUAUUGGAAACUAAGCCAGUUCUACUUUACACCAGUUUUGAUAAAUCUCCCCCAUAGUAUUUUAGUCAAACGGCAUACAUACGAAGCCCCUGUGACACUUUUUUUUUCUCAAUUCAAUGGCCCAGAUUUGCUAACGUGUCUGUGCCAAAAAUUUGCUUGGAAGGUUGCACAAUCAGGACUUCUACAUUUCCCCCCAAUAUGUUUGACAAGGGGGUGGAGCUUAGCAGAAAGGGAGUGGAGCAUCCUGGAAAAGGGUGGAGCCUAAGAUGCGCCACUUUGUGCCAAAAUUGCCCCACAAUUCUCACGUAAAUAUCAGUCUCAAUGUAAGCCAACCAAUAGUUGGUAUAAAGUCAUAAAAAGACGUCUAUCCCUGCACCACAUUUAUCAUCAGCCCGAGCCUCUGUGAUACGUCUGGUGCAGGUGUAGACAGCCAGUCUAAGCUUACGCCAUCUACAGGCUUAGUAAAUCUGGGCCAAUGGGUUAGAAAUACUAGGGAGGGACUUCAAUGGGUGCAACUUAUUUAUAUAGGUUUUCCGAUGCUUUUCUACUUUAUCAACUAAAAAUCUGCCGAAUACAUCAGUUACAAUUCCAGUGGAUUUUAUAUAGUUUUCCUAGGAAUAUAUCUAAAUGGCAUUAACUGUUUCAGUCCUGUAGCUGAGACAAUCAUAGUCACAAAAGAUAAUCCUGUCCUUCAUAAGGCCCCCAUACUCAUCAAACUAUUGUCAGCUGAACCCUCUGUUUUCAGUGCCACUGGCAGACAGUCUAAUGUGUAUGGGGGGCUCCCACCUCCCCCUGGCAGAUAAUGUUGAGGAAGAGAAGGAUCAGGCGUGCUGAAUUUCAACACCCAAUUAUUUUGUAGCCCAAGGCAUACUCGGCUGAGCCGAGCGUAUAUGUGUAUGGGGGAGUUGACCAAACAAGCAUUUGUCUAAUAGUUAUUGCUAGUCUAUGGACACUUUUAGACUCUGUUCAGUCUAGUGUCAUUAUCAUAAAAGUAUGAUAGAUCUGUCCUUUAAUGGACCCUGAGGAAUUCUUCUUUCUGAUAAUAGGUCUCUCACUGGUUCCAUUAUUUCUAUGGGACGUAAUAGUGCACCAGAGUUUAGUAUCCUACCUAUCUGAGCAUCAGAAGAAGCUGGAAUGGACUAGUGUGAACAGAGCCUGAGGGACACUCACCCUGUGCUUUAGAAUAUGUGGCACUAAGUAUCCCUAUGGAUAAUGCCAUGUCUGUCUGUAAUCUGCUUUAAAAGGAACACAUCACUGAAUGCUACAUUGUGUCCUUACUAUAGCCAUAUUGCCUGUAUUAUUCUAUGGUAACAGUCUGGUGUUGGCAUUACCCUCUGUGCUCAUACAGGUGUCAUCCCUGUAUAAGUUCAUGAAAGUAUGUCCAGAUCUGACGUUCUAUAUCUAGUAUAAUGCCCCUUCUAGUCCAUGUAAUACAGUAUUAGAAGAGUAUUUACCAGUAUCCUAAUCCGAGAUAUGGAGUGGCCGCCUCUACUCAUACCAAAUGGGUAAGAAAUGGAACGAGUGGAAGCUACUGACAUGAUACCAAUUUUUGAACAG